ACAACUUUUAAAUUCCACUAGGAAAGAGAAAUUUUUUUGGAAAUAUUUUUAUCCCCGAAACAAAACAUAAAUAAAAAACAAUGCUGGCAAAAUAAAUGCAUCAUCACACCUUGAUAGUUUGUUCAAGAUCUUUGAAGCAACCUUGAGAUCCUUUUACCCCCGUCAUCGUAGCACCUCAAUUAAUUCACAGCUACUAUGUCACUCUUUUUUGCUCAAUUAGCUAAUUUAGCUUAGAAAUUUAUUUUCGCGCACGCCUAAUCAUAUUUAACCGUCACUUACACGCUACACCCAGCACUCGUAACGAUAUUUGUACGCGUUCGUCACCCAAACCACAUCUAUUCACUUUCAAUUUUUUUUUGGUUUGAUUUAUAUUUACACACUUCAAGUGCCGUGAAAAACAAGAAUCUAUCUAUAUAUAUAUACACACAUAUAUAAAAUGCUGGCCGAUAAUUCUCUUUGCAAAAGAUGUUGCCCGCCACCAUCUUGUUUCUGUUUCGCGCCCCGUCGCCGUUCUACUCUCCGGGCCGAAAAAAAUAAAGCCCACUCACAUGAUUCGACCGAGAAGCGUGAUGACGUCACCAGGCCUUUGUUGCCGGCUACGGAACGCGAUAAAAUGGCGGAAGACGUUGAUGAAACUCAGUCGGAUGCGGGAGGUAAAAAAGCGCGGGAAACCGAAAUUAUCGACGUGCCUACCUGGGUUACUGGCUUGGCCCAGUACGUGGGCGGACACUUCUCGCAGGCCAACUCGACAUCCACGCCUCCUCAUCCUCAACGCGACCCCCUUUUGUCGACCUCCGCCAGUAGCAAGCCCUUCAACUAUUUUUUUCCCGCCCGCAAUCUCCUGACGCCUUCCUUGCUCCGCACUCACAUGGCCCAGGCGGGGGUCACGAAAUGUUCCCCCACUUGCCACGGGAAUUCAAACGACGAAAGGGCCCUGUGCAGCGACAUGUUGCUCGUCAUGUUCCACUUCCUCGAGGAUCUACCCGCGUGCUUGGUGCCGACCAGCGUCGGUCUCACCCUCAUCCGCGUGCACGAUAAGUGGCUUUUAACUCAUCACGUGAUCUCUGACGUUGGCAACGAGGAUAUGGAUCUCCUGAGGCAGUAUUCGGCGUGCCUCGAAAGCAGCAUGCCCACCCGGAACUACAGACUCAUGGUGUACAUUUUGAGUUUCCUGCACGACCUCUGGAUCCAAUCCAACAAAAGUCCCAAUCUCAUGGAAAACUUCGUCACUUGCUUCUCCUGUACCACCAUCUCCAUUCAAAAGAACGAAACGUUGCUGGACACGCUAUCCUAUGACGGGCCCCUCGUGCUGAACUACAGCCAAAACAAUCAUCACCAAAAUUCUAGGGAUCACCACCAACUUAACGCUAGGCUGGGCGCCCCAUCCUCCAAGGAUUCCCUCAUUAUAAAGGGGUGGACUGAAAUUGUGAGGGCCUUGCUCAGCCAUUGUCACCUCAUCUUCAGGACCGAUAUGCAAUUUCAUUCGAAACCGGAUAUUAUAACCGGCCAUGUCAUCGGGACGGGUAGUGAAGAUAUUCGACAAUCAUCGGUUCACACGUCGACUAGCACGGCACCAGACGGGAUCAAUAACCUAACGUUCUUGAAGAUCAUGAGAGGUGAAAGGACCUUGAUAAUGCCGAUCAACGAACUCGUCAAGAAAUUGGCCAGCAACAUUCAAAACAAAAGAUCGAAAUCCAUCGAUGCCUCCCUUUACGCCAACGCCAUAUUACACCCAUCCAAAUCUUCGCCCGAUCUGUGUUCCAACUUUGUGAGGCCUACGACUCCCCCGGUAUCCGGUCACUGUCAUAGUCACCACCAUCAUCGGCACGCGCAUAACCAUCAUCAUUCGACCUAUAAAUCAUUGGCUUUGAAACCUAAGAUGGAAAUGGUGCGAGCUGCUAUAAUCCCGAAAGUCUACGAAAUCAGCACCAACAGUGUCACAGAACUUCUGAUUCUCGAGGAAAACCAGGUUGCCGCCGAAUUCAAUUUAACCAAAACCAGAGAGCAUUGGAUCUGCGGUGGAAGCAGUAGCAGUAGCGGGGACAGUGACAUUAGAUCCUCAAAAAUGGACGCUUCCCUAUCCUUUUCUAUCUUGGAAUCUUCGGAUCUGGGUCAGCAAUUGGACGACGUUAUCAUCGAUGAUUACAUACCCACGCUUCCUAGCAAGAGGGGCUCGGACGCUACUUUGGUCAAUUAUAACUCUGACAUCAUGCCCGAUAGCAAUAUUGACUCUUUGCGCGACAUAUUAUCACAAUGUUCGGAAGUAGAAGAAGAUGAUUGGACCGAUAUUAGCUAUAUCCAUGACGAUGACUCUCAGGGCAGAACUUUCGGGAAGGUGAGAUUUUCCGACAGUUAUAAUCAUGAGAUUAUUCCGAUGUUCGAUCUUCCUGGCUAUCGCUCUAACAGAUAUUCCUACCCACCAAGUCCGAGUUACUACAAAAAUUGCAGAGAAAAUACUAGGUCGUCGAUGAACUGUUACGAUUUACCUCCCCCUUCUCCUCCAUCCUCUCAUCAAAGCUAUCGCGAAUUUUUCGAUCUGGCGCGCAAUAAAUGCUCCACCGGCGGGAAAUUGGAUAGGAAUGGGUGUCCGCUAUCGCCUACCGCAGCGGCCUUUCACGAGAUGAACAAAAAAUUGCAGACUUACGAAAAGAAAUUGAAACGCUACGAAGAAAGCUUUGAACGCAAAAGGGGACACAAGGCCACUCAAGAUGAGAAAUUGACUAUUUACGAAAUGAAGAAAUACAUCAACAAGAUUGACAAAAUCAAGAAAGAGCUCAAAACUAUAAGGAUUCGUAGCAAAUCGAUAAGUUAUCUAGACUUAGACUUGGCACCUACGAAUACUCAAGUGGGCGAUAAGGGAGAAGUUUCUUCCCCUCCGGAUCCCGUCAUCACCCUAACGCGCGCCUUCAAAUCUACCUUUCCUCAGAUCGUUUCGGACUCGUCAUCCCAAUACGAUCAUAUGUUGGCUCUCAUUAUGGAGGAAUUGAACAAGGAGAGCAUUUACAAGCAAAAAUUGAUUCUGCAGAAAGUGUUGCUGCAUUUCGAGAGCGUCCACGGCAAACCGCCUUUCCCCCUCAAGUCCAUCAUGCAUAUCAUGAAGCCGUUGUACUGCAAGUAUAGGCGUAUCAAAAAUAUUCUCACCAGGAACUCGCCGAGAAUAUCCAUGCCGGAACUACCGACUAUAAUAGAAGGUCAUCAAUGGAACGUCUCGAGCGAAGAUAUCCCGAACAGAAUUUCGCGUUACAAGAACGCGAAAUCGGCCGAAAUCAGCCCAAGCAACAUGUUGUCACCUCAGCCAGCCUACGAUUCCUUCUUAAACCCUUCCCGGCCUUUUUUCAAUUUUCCUUGUUCGGAUUUACCGGCUCUUGGCAGGGAGAAAGACGUCCCCGAUCACCAAUAUGAAAGCGUGACGAGAGAUGAUAUAGACAUUGGGGCGGGUUUUUUCCACCACUCCUCUCCCCAACCUCAAAUCCAGAUCGAAGAAAUGGACAAACUUCCCGAGCUUCCUAAUCCUAACACUUUAGCUUCCAUGAAUUCCAACAUUCAUUCAGCUUCCUUGCAAGAUUUGUUGGAAGAGCGCAAAAAGAUUCGGGAAGCCAAAAAAAGAUUAAAGAAGAUGACGUAUAUUCCUCUUGACAUACCGGCCGAUGCCUCUGAUUCCUGGGAGGUAAAAAAAGAAGAGGGUGGUAAAAGAACCUAUUUCGUCCCCAACAUCGAGUACUACCAGGCUUACAAGAUGUCUAAGAAUAAGCUGAAGUUGGUUAACGCUCUCAUCGUGAAAUUAGAAAAUAAAUGAAGACAGCAAUAAAUUUGAAAAAAAAGUCGGAGCUGAAGCGGAAGUAAAUCCUCGGAAUUAUGCUGAUUUAAUGGAUCUUAGUAAAUCUAAAAAUUACCAACUCCACGUUUCGAAAUGAUUGAUUGGCAUACACCAUUUUAUUUAUUUGUUUUUUUUUUACUAGUCCCCAAUUUUGCGUUAGUGCAUAUAUGGUUGGCGAAUUAGAUUUGAUAUAUACACCUUAUAUUUAUAUUUAAUUUUUUUUAUAUGGCAGACAUUUUUAGAUGAUCGCAUUUAUUUACUUUGACAUCUCUCUCUCCCACAUUUGUUAGAAAUUUCUUGAUACCUAAUAUAUUUUAUUAUAUUAUUUAGAUUUUUACUACCAAAAUAUAUAUUUUUUUUUUAUAUAUAUAUCAUAAUAUAAAAUGGACAUAUAUUUUAAGAUUUGACUUUUAUAAGGUAUAUAAUGAUAUUUUUUUUAAAAA